AUGGCUGCGGUGAACGUAGUGGCUUUGCUGUUCAUAAUCAUGUACUACUUUGCAGUCAUUAUCGUGGGCGUCUGGGGACGCCUCAAGGGGCCCCCGACGCAGAGUCAAUCGAUCGGCCCGCUUGGGUCCCGCAUAUCCAGGCGGAAGAUUGACGACGACGAGAAGGAUGACGUCCUGCUCAGGCUGUUCGUUGCCAAUCGGGAGUUGCCGCGGCUGCUCGGCGUCGCCUCUAUGAUCGGCCUUGGACUUGCCAAGGGCAUUGAGCACAAGGUCAAGAUAAAGUCGUCAGCCUCUCCAGUCGUGCAGAAGUUCAGACCUACCUGGGUUGGAGGUGGUUAUCUGAACGGCACCGCCGAGGCAGUCUACAAGUACGGCAUCGUCAACUGCCAAGCUCCGCUUGGCUACGCGAUGAGCCUGGUUCUUGGCGGCACUUUCUUCGCGACCAAGAUGCGGCUGACAGAUUCGCUGACGAUGCUGGACCCGUUCCAGAAGCACUACGGCCGCUGGUCGGGGCUGAUGCUCUGCGUGCCGGCUGUGCUGGGCGAGUUAUGCUGGACGUCUGCCAUACUAUCGGCUCUGGGCAAGUGCCGCGCGCACUCGUCCUGGUUAUUUAACGUCUGUGGCAUACCGCUGUUGAGAGAGUAUGAGGUUACAGCUUAACUUCCUGGAAUUAUAAAAAAAAUUUACUCGCCAUCCCGACCCUGCGAAAGUGGAUGGCCAGCGAAGCUGUUAGACUAAACCACUCAAAUGCCGGCGAUGGGCGUAUGAAACGUCUAAUUGUUCUCCGUGGUCUUAGCAUGACGGCGUUGUGGCGCAUUACUAUUUUGCACUUUUCGACGCUCAUCGUAUUCAAGCUGCUCUUCAGGGGUCUUAACUUUGCGUGGUCUAACCAUAGCGGACUUGCAAUGAACUGAAUGAGUUGCCAGGCAGAUCUCCCUUUUAUACAUGAAGUUUUGUGACGUCGCUCACUGAUUCGUAUGCUGCUCUUGCCCCUUUCCCACCGGAGCAGCUUAUGCAAUCGCAAUCUUUGCCGGGAAACACACAUGGCGAGAAGAAACGUGCCUCGCAUUGUUCCCAGGCGCCUUAUCAUCCAUCAUGCGGUGUUGACGCUUGUUUUGCGCUUUUCUCUAUUGAUAUGCCCAUUUUUGCGGUUUAAUUUCUUUCUGUCUCUUUUUUUUUUUUUUGCUGACGGACACGAAAUAUCCCGACCAACGCUAAAGCUUCGCUGUAAAAGUGAGUUUCGCCAAAGCGACGGAGCACUGACAGCGAGCAUGGAGUGUAGCAUGGAGCUCGAGCUCUUCAGACGAAAUAUUGCCAAUCUUGCCGCUAUAUUGCACACCGUACCACUGCGAGCUGAGCAGCAGACACAAA